AUGCUCGCCAGUGCUCUUCGCAAUGUUCUCCGCAGUAUUGGCCUCCCGAUACUUGAUUGGAAAUCUUGGAAGGGUCUAGAGGGACAAAAACCAGUGAUUCACUCUCGCAAAUCAGCGGUUUGUUGUUGCCUUGUCCAUAUUAUACCACUCUUUGUUUCUGGUGUUCUUUUGUAUUUCAACCUGAAACGCUACUUCAUAGGGUCUGAGCUAGAGGGCCAACAGAACAAGGACGCGCUCAAGCUGUCAGUUCUCCAGGUCUGCGCAAAAGCUCAGGAACUGGCAAUAGUAGCCAGCACUACAACAAUUCUCUUGGAGCUAAUUCGCUACGAGCUCAUGUAUGGCAAUGGUUUGCCUCUCGGGCUUUUGGCCAGUGCCUUUUCGUACUCUCAAGUCAGCGGUGUAGCGUGCGGGAGUCGAAGACAUAUGGUAACGGCUGCUUGUAGUUGGUUCAUUACACCAGACUUCUGGGGCAGUCUUGUGGUUUGUGGAAAGCCCGACACCCGAUGGGGCAAAUUUAGGAGUAUUGGCUUGAUUGUGUUGCUGGUUGUGUGUGGAUUCAUCGCCGUACUCGCUGGCCCCACCGCAGCUAUCCUCAUGCUCCCCACGGUCGUGGACUGGCCUGUGGGAGGUGUGAUAUAUUGGAUAAACGGUACCAAUGAACAACUCUGGCCCCAACAUUUGACGGCGGAUUCGCUUUUGGGUUAUGGCUGUGAUAACCAAAACGCUCAGCUAUACGACCCACGGUGCCCCUCUGCCGGAUUUCCUUCUCUUUAUCAGCACUUUUCCAACUGGAGAGGCAGCCCCAUCACAGAUUCCUGGGCCUGGACUUCGCACGGCCCGACGGCUUCGACACUGAACGUUGCAGCAGAUCUUCACAAUCACUACCAGGGGCAACUACUCGAUGACGGCAAACUGCCGUCUCCGUUAAAAAAGAACAUUGCGUGGGCUAGUUCGAAAUCUUUCACCGUGUCGUCCAAGGUGCCCGCGGUGAGAGUCAAGUGCACCCCGGGAAUCACUGGCUUCACUCUUGGUCAGCCACUUAGAAUCCCUUUUGUCAGCCAACCGGAAUACUGUUACAUCAACAGCCGGGAAAAUAAUUUAACAAUGAGCUAUUUCAACGUAACCGAGGCCGUGGCCUCCAAAUUUGAGGACGUUGCCAGCGUUCACGCUCUGACGACGCUCAGUGUCCUCGACAUUUUCGCCCAGGCGUUUGUUCUUCCUCAAAACUUUGGUUCCAACUCCAUUGGCUUGAUCGUACUUACCCUGGAUGAUGCGCGGAAUCUUUCAGGUAAUGCCAGGGCUUGCAGCAUUGAUGCGCGAUGGGCAAAUGGAACAUCGUCAGUAUUGGACAAAAAGAUGCCGUCCAAGUAUAGCUACGGGGCAGACCAAGGCUCAGCUGUUGUCAAUGCUAUGAUUUCAAAAGGCAAGGAGUUCGGCAGCGGGCUUGGUUUCAUACAUCCAAAAGACGACGAGACGUGGCAGUCGAUCAAGAUAGAUCCAAGUUGGUUUGCCCUGCUGGCACCACAGGUCAGCGCCAGCAUCCUCACCGACCCUCUGCAUCAAGCCACGACGCUUCCCAAUCGAACGACGCUCGAAUCCCUGCUCACUCUCUUCCGUCCCACCACUGACAUACCGGGAAUCUUGAACCUGCCGGGCGCGCCACCACCGGAAGACGAGCCUGACAGGACUACCUUGGAGAGCAUCAUCGCGAGCUACGUCGCCGACGGCAUCUCACGGACCGGGAGCCAGAUCAACCUCAACUAUGCAAGCCUCAUGAGCCCAAUAAGCUACCGCAACAACAACAUCAGUGACGGGAAUCGCACGGCAAUGGUACGCUAUGGCGGCCCAGCCUUGAGCUUCGACCCGAGCAACGCCCUCGCACAGGGUAACAAGCCGCCAAUGGUGAUGCGCCCGACGAUCAGCGGAUACGCCAUGGGACUCGAUGAGGGAAAUGACUACGUGUGGGUUCUUGUGCUGCUGCUUCACGCGUUGUUGGCAUUGUUGCACACGAUCUGGGUCUGGUGUUCGAGCGGGGGCGUAAGCCAGGCUUGGGGCAGUAUCACCGAGCUCGUUUCCCUCGCCCUGACCUCAACAGCGCUCCAGGGCCAGGGACUAGAAAAUAACUGUGCGGGAACCGAAAAGCUCAGCACAAUGAAGCUGGUUGCUCGGGUAGAAGCUGUGUCAAGUGGAACAACACCAGCGAAUCAAGGGCUUGAGCAACUCCAGCUUCGAGUAACACAGGGUUACAGUCAACUUCCCAGCACUAGUGAUGCUCAGAAGGGGGUUGCAUACGGUAACCUAUAG